AUGGCGCCCAUAGUCCUGUCCAUGGACGUGCACUGCAAUGGCUGCGCCAAGGACAUCCGCAAGGCCCUCAAGAAAUUUGAUUGGGUGGAGAGCGUGUCGGCGUCGUACGAGACGGGGCUGGUGAAUGUGGAGGUGGAGGGCGAGCGGGCGUCCUACCAGAUGGCGGUGCUGCUGCAGUUGCGGCUCAGUCGCAAGAUGAGGUACAAGCCCGUCACCAUCGUCUCCUACGGCGGCUCAGACGAGGAACAGACGCCGUCCAGCCCCCCUGCUCCAGCACCCCGCGCGCGGACCUCUCCUCCCAACUACCCGCCGCCGCCACCACCGCCGACCAGAAGAUACACGCCGUCGUCUCCCCCAAACUACCCUCCUCCACCCCCGCCGUCCAGCCGCUCCAGCUCCAGCUCCAGCUACUACACGCCGGCGUACUCCCCUCCGCCGGCCAGCAGCUCCAGCGACUACCCGCCGGGCGGCUACUACUCCUACUACGCGCCGCCACCCCGGCAGCCGGACGGCGGGUACGGCUACCCGCCGCUCGACGACUACUACAACUACGGCCAGUCACGCGGUGGGCCUUACUACGUGCCCAACUACGCGCCCACCACAUUCAACGAUGAGAACCCCAACGCUUGCUGCAUCCAGUGA